CUUGCCUUCUCGUCUCCUCUGCACACUCCACCGGACGCUCUCCUCGGGCGACCUCAAGCCAUGAAGCUUGUCUGGCUGACCUUGGCCGUCCUGCUACUCCUGUCCCAGGCUGUUCCAGGCCGACGUCACCCCCUUCUCUGCAUGGGAAACAAAGGCGUCUGCAGAGCAUCCUGCAGAAAGGGCGAGCAUCCCUACCUCCACUGCAGCAACGAGCAACCAUGCUGCCUCCAGUCCUACAUGAGGAUAAGCAUGGUUGGUGGAGAGGAAGACAGCGAGUGGGCCCAGGGGAACCACUGGCCGUAAAGAGCUGGAGUGCUGCUGACCACCACCCUCCACUCCUCUGCUUGCUCUGACCUGCGGUCAAUACCCCUUAUUAAAACCCACGCACUUGC